CUUUGGCAGCUCUCAUGUGUUCGUUCCGCCAUGCUUCCUGGGUAUGGACUCUCACCUUUUCCUGAUUUCCACCUUCACGCUUUUCGCUGCCGAGGAGAAGGUCCCAGCAUGUGGAUCCCUGGCUCAGGGGAGUCCCAGGCUCUGAGCGAGGCCCAGGAGGACAGGCCUCUCCUCCACCCGUGCCACCACAAGCAUGUCGCCGUGUGCCAGCAGGAAACGUUGGCUUUUAUCGAGCUGCAACCACCGGGGACCCCGAAACUAAACGGUCUUAGCCCGCAAUGCACGACGCGCUCGCCGCCCCUGAACGGCUUCACACACACACUGAAUGAACUGAACGGCAGCCUCCGGACAGACGGCGAGCGCCAAACGCCGUCGAAUUUGAACUCUGCGCCCGCGGGUGACUGUGAGCUCGAAUGCCAUAAUGGCGUCAGGACUUCUUUGCAGGAGCGGACGGAAAGACCUCGCGCUGUCACAACGGUGUGUCGUCCUCUCCACGCUGCUCUCAGCCUCCCGCUGCCGUUACCGCUGUCCUCUUUACACACAAACCGAAACUCCUGGGAAUCUCAGCUACCUUGCUCCCCAUCCUCGCCUGAAGGCCCUGGGUUUCAGAGCCUGGACUCCUGCCAGCUGCAGAGGAGGACGUCACAAGGUUCAGUGAAAGAGAAGUCUAUCCGGCGAAAGAUGCAGGUUUAUUCGCCGGACAGCCAGAGCGAUGAAUCUCUCAGCAGCCCAAUCCUGGACGCAGACUACAUCUUCCCGGGACCUUUUGCAUCUUUCCUGGAGGAGGACCUCAGUGGAUUAUCCUCCAUGGAGGCCAUUUCGAGGCCUUCAUCCACAGACGGUCUCAUAGAUCUCCCAAACCUCAGCCACGAUGAUAUUUUCAAUCUCCCCGAGGAACCACUGCAGAUAAUAGAGGACUCGAUGCCGUCGGUGGGGGAAGACGGCGGGAGUGGAGAGACGUCGAGCGCCACGGGGGGGAGCUUGUUGUCACGCAGCCGCCAGGGGGAUCAAGAGCGGCGGCGCUUCUCGGCCUCAGAACUGAUAUCUAGACUGCAGCUCUCUCAGAGGAAGAGCUCCUUCACCUUGAAGCUGGGGAAGUCGCUGUCGGCACGGGUCGCCUCCAGAGACAGACAGGGCUCCAACAGCUUCAGCCCCAACGCCGACCCUAAGUCCACCUGCAAGCACCGCAGCUCGGGAGGCUCUGGUGAUAGCGCCCCCAACAGUCCUGUCGUACCUGCACCUCCUCCGCCCAGCAGUGACAAUGGCAUGCCUUUGCAUCGGUGGAGCACAAAACUCGGAAUGAGAAAGAAAUCCAUUGAUGAGGACUUCUGCACACUUCCAACUGUUGCUAGUUCAAAUCGAUUAUCACGGUUUUUGCCUAGUUCUAUUCUGUACCAGGAAUACAGCGACGUCGCCAUCAACAGAGAGAUCCAGAGGCAGCAAGGGAAGGAGCCAGGCACAGAGGAGGAGGGGCUCCGGGAUGAGUGUUCAGACGGGACCCCGUCUCCUUCCAACCUGUCUCCGUCCAGCUCCUUUCGCUCCUCGCGGGGCUCUGCCUUUGCACUGUGGCAGGACAUCCCCGAUGUUCGGACCAGCGGCCAGCUCGACAACUUCAGCAACGAGGAACGGAAAUUACAAGAGGCAAAGUUUGAGCUGGUGACGUCUGAGGCGUCCUACAUUCGUAGUUUGACGAUCGCGGUGGACCACUUCAUGUUGUCGCAGGAGCUUGCCGAGUGUCUCGGGGCUCAGGAUAAGCAGUGGCUCUUCUCCAAGCUGCCCGAAGUCAAAGGUGUCAGUGAGAGGUUUCUUCAGGACCUGGAGCACCGGCUGGAGGAAGACAUUCUGCGCUUCGACGUGUGCGACAUCGUCCUGGAACACUGCCCGGCUCUGCGAAGGGUUUAUUUACCUUACGUCACCAACCAGGCGUACCAGGAGCAGACGUACCAGCGUUUGCUGCACGAGAACUCUCGUUUCCCCGGCAUCCUGGCUCGUCUGGAAGAGGACCCCAUCUGCCAAAGACUUCCUCUGACCUCUUUUCUAAUCCUCCCGUUUCAGAGGAUCACGCGGCUCAAAAUGCUGGUGGAGAACAUUUUAAAGAGGACGACACCAGGCUCCCGAGAUGAGGACACUGCCACGAAGGCUUUCAAUGAGCUAAAAAAGAUCAUCAAAGAAUGUAACUCCAGUGUGCAGUCAAUGAAGAGGAUGGAGGAACUUAUUCACCUCAAUAAGAAAAUCAAUUUUGAGGGAAAGAUCUUUCCUCUGAUCUCUCAGUCCCGCUGGCUGGUGAAGCACGGUGACCUCCUGGAAGUGGACACGCAGACGAUGAGCAUUUCUGGAUCAAAGCUCAAGUUGCCCACCAAGCCGGUGUACCUUCAUCUGUUCAAUGACUGUCUACUGCUGUCCCGGAGGAAGGAUACGUGGAAGUUCAUGGUGUUUGUACACGCCAAGAUAGGAGAGCUGAAAGUGAAGGACCUCAGUCAGAAGCUGCAGGGCAUCUCCGGCUUCAUCUUCCACUUGCAGCUGUGUGAAGGCCAACAGCUCAAACAUCAAAUCCUGCUCAAGUCGCACACUGAGAGCGGGAAGCAGAGAUGGAUUACAGCCAUGUUUCCAUCUGAUCCGCUCGAAGACAUCGAGCAGGCCAGUGAGAACGAUGAUAUAUCCCAGGUUCAGUGCAUCAAAAGCUAUCAGGCCCAAGAGCAUGACGAGUUAACGCUGGAGAAGGCCGACAUUCUCCAUGCCAAGACCAUUACAAGUGAUGGCUGGGUGGAAGGCAUCCGACUGUCCGACGGGGACCGGGGCUGGUUCCCCAAAACCUACGUGGAAGAAAUCACAAGUCGCAGCGCUCGCCUCCGCAACCUGCGGGAAAAUAUCCGCAUCAAGUGUGUCACGCAGAAACUGGAAGGGGAAGACUAAUCACUGUUACUGUGACGCUUCAUGUGUCAAAGGUGUGUCAUUUCUAAGCCUUUGGAUCUUUUUAGUUUGACUUUUACAUGGAUGUGGGACCUACUUCUAGAAUGCAGGGGCUAAAACAAGCCAACAUUUGUGACUGUGUGUGAGCGUUUAUCUUUAGCAAGCUAACUGCAAAUUAAGUCUUGAAACGAGAGCGCAGGAGCUGAAACGUCUUUUAUACCAAACGAGUCAUGUUCACAUUAGGACAUUUUAUUUGUGGGAGCAAUCACUUUAUGCAUUCUUUCUGUGAAUGCGUCUCUUUUCCAUUCUUAAGUCUGAGAAACACCUGCACACAGUACAUUUCUCGGCUCGUGUCUGUCACAUUCUUCGUCUGUCGUGUCUCCUGUGGCCAGAUUCCGUAUUUGGACUGUCUCGUGCCAUCAGCGGAGCUCUGUGAGGUGCACGAGAGUCAUUCACGUAAUGAUGCAACAGCAGAAGGUCGCCUGAGGCAGAUGCUUCUAUUGAUCCUGCAUUAGGACACACCGGGGGCCUGUCAUCUUCUGUCUUUGUUCACACGUUGUUUGAGUGCGGCUUUCAUUUUCAGAUGAGAAGAAAAGAAAACCUGAUUUUGUGUUUUAAUCCAUCCAAUAUCUGAUGCACUACAGUGUGCAGGUGUUCAUUUCUAUCCAUGUGAGUUGUUAAAACAUCCAGACAAGGUCCAGACAAGGAUACUGAAGAAUGGUGGUUUCAUUUCUUUCAAAGGUGAUUUCACGAUUCUGCUGUACAUAUGAAGGACAGAUUAUCCCAUUAACAAGGCCAAACUACACAAAUACUGUAUGGAUUAAGGUGACUAUAUUAUUAUAUUUUUGUUAUUGUCAACAAAACAAACAAUUUAUCCCACUGACAAGUAUUGCCUAAAGACUGAUAGAUCGUAUUUCUCUCUGGCAUUGGUGUCCAAAAAACAAUUAAACACACAUCAAUGAG